AUGGAUAUGCCAAACCGAGGUUUUCGCGGUGGACGCGGUGGUCCUCCCGGCGGACCGCGCGGUCGAGGUGGUUUCGAUAUGAGAGGCCGAGGUGGUCCAGGAAUGCGAGGUAGAGGUGGCUUUCCUAGAGGAGGACCACCAAUGCGAGGGGGUCCGCGCGGAGGAUUUCGCGGUGGUCCUAUGCGCGGAGGUGGUGGUGAUCGUGGCGGACGCUUCCCCCCCGGGCCACAAGGACCAGGCCCUCACCCUGUACCUACUAUUGAGAGCAGAGGUCCUCCACAAAGAGAUGGGUUUGGAAAUAGGGGAGGUCCUGGAGGAAUGAGAGGUCGCAGUGGUAGAGGAAGGGGUGACUUUGUGCCGAGAGGAGACAGAGGUCCUGUUAGGGGAGGGCCACCUAUGAGAGGUAGAGGAGGAAGAGGCCAUGGACCUCCAGGUGGCAUGCCCAGUGGAAUGCAUAUGGGUCCUCCAAUGCAUGGAGAUGAACAUGACCUUAAUUUGCCUCAAGGAGGUCCAGUACAAGUUCCAUACAAACGUGGCGGUGGACCGCCACAACAUGGUGGCCCUGGUGCUCCGAAACGUGGAAGGUUUGAUGGUCCACGCGGUGGCGGCAGGCCUCCAGCUGCUGGAGGAUAUCAAGCACCCCCACAACACAACCCAGCACCACAACCCAAUGGAUAUGGCCCAUCACACACAGGAUAUCAACCAUAUGAGCAGCCAGCUGCAGAUCCUUAUGUCGCACCAUCAUAUAACAGUUCAAGUUCGUACCAGGCCGGCAGUUACUCAUCACCUGCUCCGGCACCAGCUAACUCCGGUUACAAUAGUGGAAGCUAUGGUUCUAACUAUGGUUACUCUACUUCACAAGGAGGUUAUGAAAAUGAUACAUAUAGUGGCUCUGGCGGCGCUGGUGACGCUGGCUACGGUGCCAGCGAGCCUGCAUACGGUGCUGCUCCCUCUUACGACUCAUAUGGACAACCAUCUUACAACCAAUACCAACAAGCUCCUGCACAGUAUAACGCCAACAGCUAUGGCAGUUGGUGA